UAGCCGCGGGGAGGUGGCGCAGUGCGUGUCGGGAAGGCGGCGGAGGGCGCCAUGGUGGGUGGCGAGGCUGCCGCAGCGGUGGAGGAGCUGAUUUCGGGGGUGCGGCAGGCGACUGACUUUGCCGAGCAGUUCCGCUCCUACUCGGAGAGCGAGAAGCAAUGGAGGGCCCGCAUGGAAUUCAUCCUGCGCCACCUGCCCGACUACCGCGACCCGCCCGACGGCGGCGGCCGCCUGGACCAGCUGCUGUCCCUCUCCAUGGUCUGGGCCAACCACCUCUUCCUGGGUUGCAGUUACAACAAAGACCUUUUAGAGAAGGUGAUGGAAAUGGCUAAUGGGAUUGAAGUGGAAGACCUGCCACAGUUUACUACCAGAAGUGAAUUAAUGAAAAAGCAUCAAAGCUAAGGCAGAAGAUUCAUCAUAUUUUCAUCAUCAACUACAGGCUCAAAAGGAGGCUGGGACAAAUGUGACAUUGACUGCAGCAGCUGUUAAGACUCCUGGUAUCACCAAAAUGUAGGAAAGAGGCAGCUGGAAUGAAAGUGUCAAUUUAAAAGUUCUUAUUCUUCAAGUAGCUAGCUAUCAUUGUAAAAGAAUGCAUGGAUAUUUACAUAUUUAUAAACUAUAUCCUCUUUUUUAUUUUGUUUUUGAAUAUCAGUUGAACUUUUUGUUAAAAAUGCAUAUUUUUUUAUGUUGAUGUAAUGGCAGGUGGAUUUUACUAUUUUGGAUUUCUCAACAAUGUACCUUUAAAUGUGA